GGCAGAUCAACAUUUUAUAAAUAACUAUUGUCGUGCUAUCAUCGCUGUACGUGUAACAAACCAAGAGACAACUAUUACGAUCUGACGCUUAAUAUAUAUAGCAUGAAAAUAUUUAUAACAAAAACCGAAUAGAAAAGAUUGGAUAACAUAAAUCACAAUCUCGAAUAUUACUUAGAUUUAAGGAGAAAAAUUUCAAACACCCACGUCCACGAUGCAUAUAUUUAGGUUAAUGCGGAUCUUUAAACGAAUUUUAUGUUAUUGGUUAUUAAUUUUCGUAGUUCUUCUUGUUGUUUUUAUCUUAAGCAUAUCAGUUGUAUUAGGAGCAAGUAAUGAAACAAAUACGAUAUUCAAUUUAGAAAAUGACAAUCAGAUUUCUAAUAAGUCAAAUGAUGAUAUAGAAGAUACAAGUAAAAAAGAUGAAUCAUACGACUCCAAUAACAAGGUGCCGGUUGUCGCGAUUAUUAUUAUAAGUUUACUGAUUGUAAUACUUUUAAUAUUAAGCUGGAAAUACAUAUUAUACCCACUUUUCUAUGGCCGUCGUUCUAGAGUAAUAGAUGUUUCGCCUAGAGUAAGGAAUGUCCAGCCACCUGUCGUGCACUUUUUAAACGAAGAAGUUGUUAUAGCUGCAAAUGAUUUGCAAGUGCAACUGCCUCCAGUAGAGAACUAAUUACAUAUACGUAUGUUAACAUUGGUGUUUUGCUGUUAAUUGUAAGAUUUACUUAUAUAUAAUAUUGAUAAAGUUUCGUAAGUAUAUUAUUAAGCCCGAAUCUCAAUUUUGUUCUGAUGCAUACGCGGCUACACAAGUAAUUUUUAAGUUAGAGUAAAGCCGUAUUAACAAUUAUAAAUUUAAUAAUUAAACAUAUAU